AUGUCUCGUAUAAAGAAACUUACUUUUGUACUAAUGGAAGUGGAUCCUGAAAAUAAACCCAUAUUUAUUCUGUGGUUUACAAAACACAAUAAGGGCUCCAUAGAGCAGAUUCAUAUGGUUGAUAUCUAUAGUGUUGACAGCAAGCCAUUGACGUAUAAAUAUCAGAGGUGGUUGCCUUACAGCUUCUCUCAAGAAAGGUCACUGAACAGAUCAAGAAAAUCUGGCCUUGAAUUCCCAGUUGGAAGAAUCACUGGAUUUUUAAGUAAUAGAAAGUUUGUUGAGCGUGUCGACGCUGGUGCCCCAGUAUACGUCUCUGCCAUUCUUGAAUACCUUGCUUCUGAGGUUUUGGAGCUCGCAGGAAAUGAGGCUAGGGACAAGAAGAAGAAUGGGAUUGCACCUUGGCAUAAACAAUUGGCUGUAAAGAUCGAUGAAGAUUUGAGCAAGCUUUUGGGAAAUGUUACCAUUGCAAACAGUGGGGUUCUGACUAACAUUAAUCAGUGUUUGUCGCCAAAGAUAGCCGAUAGAAAAGAUAAAGAGAAUGGGUUUGCUUCAGAAGAAUUCUACCGUUUUUAA